AUGGGCGGGCACGGGUGGGGCCGGCCGCGUCGUCCAUGGGCGGGCACGGGCGGGCACAGAGCGGGGGCGGAGGCGGCGCCGGCCGCGUCGGCCACGGGCGGGGGCACCGGACGGACCUGCUCGUGCGAGGGCGGCCACGGGCGGGCCGGAGCCGGCCGCGUCGAGCAUGGGCGGGGCGUGGCGGAGUCGACCGCACGAGCCACGGGCGGGGCGGAGCUGGCCGCGGGCGUGGCUCGCCGGGAUGCGGUGAGCCGUGGCUGGGCGUGGCUUGCCGGGACGCGGCGAGCACGGGCGGGGCACGGGCGGGGGCGAGCCGUGGCCGGGCGUGGCCUGCCGGGACGCGGCGAGCACGGGCGGGGGCGAGCCGUGGCCGGGCGGGGCAGGGGUGGAGGUCGCUGGGGAGUUGGCCGGGGCUGUUUGUUGGCCAACUAG